GCGCCGAGCCAGGCGGAAGGUACCUGGACUCGCGGGCCGAGCUUUCGUCCCUAGCUUCCCUGCCGCAGGGUGUUCGGGGGCCUAGGGUGGAGGCAUAGCGGAGCCCCUGUACGAAGGUCCUGGAGCCCCUCCUCUCCCAGCCGCCCGCGGGGGAGGCCCCAGAAGCUGCCUUGGCGUCGGCAGAUUAGGUGCGUUAGAGCUUCGUCCAGGAUCCUUCCUUUCCUACCCUAAGUUUCCUCUUUGGAAAGAAAGGCCCAAAUGAGAUGACGUUAGUAUGAUUUCCUUAUUAAAACAGGCUAAGCAGUACCCCGCGUUCUCGUUUGCUGAACGUCAUUGCUAAUUAAACAUUUUUCACAGACAGGAAUAUAGUAAGUUUCAACCAAAGUUAUGUAACUGUGAUUAUUAGGUGACAUGCCCAGAUGAAAUGAUAAGGUGUUUGGAAUGUUUCAAAAUAAACCAGUCAGGGAUGUGGGGUAGGAAUAUAAAUGAAACAAUAUUGGCUGAGUUGAUAAUGAUUGAGUUUGAUAUAUUAUUUUCUCUACCUUUGUUUAUGUUUACGAUUUAGCAUAACAGGUUUUCUAAAAUGAGUACAUUGCUGUGGUGCCUGACAGCCCAUGCUCAAAUAUUGUGCCUGAAUUAACUGUUAGGGCUAAUAACAGUACUGGGUGGCCUAACUGGGAGACAUUUAUUUUCUCACAGUUCUGGAGGCUAGAAGUCCAAGACCAAGGUUUGAUCAGGUUUGGUUUAGCCUUGACUUGCAGAUGAUCUCCCUGUGUCUUUGUGAUAUUCCCUCUGUACAUGUAUUUUUCUUUUUCUUUUUUUUUUAAUAUUUAUUUUUUAGUUUUAGGUGGACACAAUGUCUUUAUUUUUUUAUUUUUUAUUUUUAUGUGGUGUUGAGGAUGGAACCCAGCGCCCUGCGCAAGCCAGGCAAGCUCGCUACCGCUUGAGCCACAUCCCCAGCCCCUGUACAUGUGUUUUUCUAAUCUCACUUUUAUGAAGACACCAGGCUGAUAGGAUUAGAGUCCAUCACAAUCGCAUUUUUCCUUUCCUUUGUAAUGACCCUAUCUUCAAAUACAGUCACAUUCUGAUGUACUAAGAGGCCACAAUUCAGUCCAUAACCCUACACUUUACUAGCCUGGGAUUUGGGCCAGUCUUCUUAACCUGGCCAUGCAUCAAUUCUCACAACUUUAAAAAAGGGGCAAUCAUAGCAUAAGUCUUGGGGUUAUGAAGAUUCAGUUGUUUGUCCUACAGACAGCUUUUUUUUUUCUAGGUGGACAUAAUAUCUUUAUUUUAUUUUUAUGUAGUGCUAAGAAUCGAACCCAGUGCCUCACGCAUGCUAGCCAGGUUGUCAGCAGUGGCAGCACUCAUGGCUGGUCCCCUGUGGCGGGUCUCAGCCUUCAUACAGAGACACAGGACAGCCCUUUUGGUGGGUUCCUGCACAGGCCUGUUUGGAACUCAAAUCUCGUACCACCUCUUCCCGGAUCCCGUGGUCCAGUGGCUUUACCAGUACUGGCCCCAGGGCCAACCGGCCCCACUCUCCUCAGAACUACAAAGCCUCUUCCAAGAGGUCCUGCAGGAUAUGGGCGUCCCUUCUGGCCACUACUACAAGCCCUUCACCACCUUUACCUUCCAGCCUGUGAGUGCCGGCUUCCCAAGACUCCCUGCCGGGGCUGUCAUAGGCAUCCCUGCCAGCUUCCUUGGUGGCCCAGUAACCAACAGUGAUCAUCCUGUGGUCAUACAUGGGCAAAGAGUAGACUGGCAGACCCCAGCAGGCACCCGUCUAAGAGAUGCCCUGACCCUCUCCCGUGACGCCCAGAAGUUUGCCUUGGCCAAAGAGGUGGUAUACCUGGAGACUAGUGCAGCUGCCCUGCAGGCCCUGCCAGCCCCAGCUUGCCUGGCAGGAACCUGGGCACUGAGUGUGGGUGCCAAGCAUGCACUAGGGCUCUAUGGAGGCCCCAUGAACAUACGAGCUGCCUUCAACUUGGUGGCAGCAGUGGCAGGCUUCGUGGCCUAUGCCUUCUCCGCAGACUCUCUUACUCAUGCCCUGGAAGGUUGGCUGGACCGCCGCACUGCCUCCCUGUCUACAGCCUACGCCCAAGGUGGAGUGGAAUUCUAUGAGAAGGUUCUGUCAGGCAACCUGGCCCUGCGCAGUCUCUUGGGCAGACGCGGGGAGAAGCUGUAUACACCCAGUGGGAACAUUGUCCCCAGACACUGGUUCCGCAUCAAGCAUUUACCCUACACAACCCGCCGGGACUCUGUACUGCAGAUAUGGAGGGUAGCACCCAACCCAGGCCGCUCCUGAGGUGCUCAUGACCAGGACAGUUCCAGUUCAUGCAAAUACCACUCUGGCAUUGUCUGGGGAAAUCCCUUGGGACCCCUGGACCCACAGACCACAGUCAGAAAAAUUAUAGGCUUUGGAGUUAAAUAUCCUAGAUUCUAUCUUCUCCUACCACUUAUGAACUCAGGGACCUUGGGCAAGUCCCCUUUAUGAAUCUGAGCCUUGGUUUUCUCAACUAUAAUGUGGAGAGGAUAUAAACUACCUCACAGGAUUAUAGGGAUAUAUGAAGUCAUGAAUAAGAGGACCUGGCAGAAAGAGUACCAUGAAUAAACAGGAUAUCACUCCUCCUUUAUCUUUGAAUUCCGUUGGUUGUAGGAGUCAGGCCACAUCUUCCCAACUAGGUGCUGGUAAUAGUCAACCCUUUCCUACAGUGAAGAACCCUCCUCUGUCUGCCCAGUGGUCAAAUUCCAGUCUUUCUCCAUUGAGGUAGAGGUUAAAAGAUUUAAAAGGCUAGGGGCUGAAGUUGUGGCUCAGUGGCAGAAUGCUUGCCUCACAUGUCUGAGGCACUGGGUUCUCAACACCACAUAUAAAUAAAUAAAUAAAUAAAGGUCCAUCAAGAACUAAAAAAAUAUAUUUUUUUAAAAGAAGAUUUAAGAGGUUAAAAUGUGAAUUUGGUGGGGCUUUUAGAGUGGUGUGCCAAUAAAGUCCUAUGGAUGCAAAUGGUACACCCAGAGAAGGGAAACCAGGGAAGAGAUGGGGCACCAGGAAAGGCACCUGACCAGAAGAGGAAGGGAGGUGUUCCUGGAACACAGCAGAAGCUCUGCCUAAAGAUGGAGGAAAGAACAAACCAUUGCAAGUCUGAGGCUCUGCUGGGGAGUCCAAAGCAGUCAGCCUCCUGGGGUACAGAGCAGGAUCAGGGCUUGGAGAGCAGAGGGGGUUAAGUGGCGCAGCUUUGCUUGGUGAGGACACUGGGGACAACAGAGGGUGGAGGUAGGCAGUGAACCAGGCAUGUGUCACAGGAUCCAUGGGGACUGUAUCCUUGUUCCCCAUGAACCCUCUGGUGGUACAGAAAGCAGCCCCUCAGCUUUGAUCUUUGGACAGGAGACCCCCAACAGGGCAAAGUGAGGAGAGCUGUAACCAAGACUAAUUUGGCCAUUCAUGUCAUUUUUACAUUGGAAAUUAUGUUUUUUCUGGAAGAGUUUUGAAGAAUUCAGGCAUGGUGCCAGUAAAAUUCAGGACAAAGGGAUUAGGUCACACCCAGGGAAGGCACUUGGUGGUGGUAGACAGUUCCUGGCAGGAGACCUUGUGAAAAGAGUAAGCCAGGGUGGUCAUGGUACACCUUCCUGCUAGGAUUUCAGUGUGGUCUAGAGCUCAGUGUGUUGUGCCAACCUGCAAGUCCCUCCACCAGACCUGGGCUGGCUGAGAACAGGGGACCCCUGCUCAUCUCACAGAUCCCUAGCACCUAGGACAACAUAAGGCAUAGGCUUGAUAAGUACAGAGACAGAUGAGGUAGAACUAGGUGAAUAAGAGUCCACUCCGGCAGAUAGCACUUUACAGGGCUCCUUGGGAUGUCACCUAGCCAUAGCUGCUGCUGUACAUCAAGGACCAUCAUGCCAAGGGGGUCAAAUAUGGAGUCUGAAUUUGAUGGACUCCACCUUCUCGCCACUCCCUGCCCCCACCCAUCUACUUUUAAUGUUGGCAUGAGCCCAGGUGACAGCAUCAGGCCUUCAUGCUGAUCUGCCCAAGUGCUAUGAUUUGUCCCCCAAUGGUUGAUACGGUAGAAGUUUCCCUGUGCAGCAGUGUUAAGAAGUAGAACCUUUAAUAGGUGGGACCUAGUAAGGGAUAAUUAGGUCACUGGGGGCAUUGUCCUCAGUAACGAUGAAUACUGAUCUCUGGAAGUGAACUCUGGUGAGAGCAAGCUGUAGUUUAAAAAUAAUAAUAAAACUGGCCACUCCACCCACACUUCCUGACUGGUUAUGGGAUCUUUCCUUCUUGAGUGCACUCCCACCAUUGUGAUGCCAUCUGCCAUGAGCUCCUCACCAGAGAUGAAGAGAAGUUGGUCCCAUGUUCUUGGACUUCCACGAUAUGAGCCAAAUAAACCUGUUUUCUUUAUAAAUUA